AUGCUAGAGGAUGCCCUGGUUUUUCUGGGAAAUGCUAAUGUGCGCCUCAACCCUUGGCGCCAACGACGAUUCUCGGAAUACCUCACUGAAGUUGGUAAACGCACCUUCAAGGAGGAAAUACCCUCUGAUCGGCACCUCUUUCCGGAGCGCUUCCACGACCGCAUCAAGAGUGAGCACAACCACUCCAGUUCCAAUAAUAACCUCAUUAGUCUACCACGCAUGCAACCUCGUUUUGCAGCAAAGCCAACUCCAUCUCAGCAGCCCUUUCGUGCCCCCGGUAGCAGAUACAACAGUACAGGAAACACGUCCUGGAAGAAGCGUAGGUGGGGUCCAAGCCAUCCAACACCAGGUCGACAGCAGCUAAACGCUACCGACAAAACAAACCAGGUUCAACAAAUAAAAGCUGACUAUCUGCCUUUCCCAAAACUAUCACCAGUCGACUGA